GGUCACAUGACUCUCGGCCCGGAAGCUCUUGAGUCGAAGUCACCACCUCGCGGAUGACCCGGUUUGUAGCUGCUGGUUCAAGUGAUCUCACCUGUCCAACGCUAUGGCCUGGACCAAGUACCAGCUGUUCCUGGCCGGGCUCAUGCUGGUCACCGGCUCCAUCAACACGCUUUCAGCAAAGUGGGCCGACAACUUCAGAGCUGAAGGCUGUGGAGGAAGCAAGGAGCACAACUUCGAACAUCCCUUCCUCCAGGCAGUGGGCAUGUUCCUGGGAGAGUUUUCGUGCCUCGCUGCCUUCUACCUGCUCCAGUGCAGAGCCACAAGACAAUCCGACUCCAGUGUAGAGCCGCAUCAGACCUUCAACGCCCUACUCUUCUUGCCCCCAGCCCUGUGUGACAUGACUGGAACCAGCCUCAUGUACGUGGCCCUGAACAUGACCAGUGCCUCAAGCUUCCAGAUGCUUCGGGGUGCAGUGAUCAUCUUCACAGGCCUGUUCUCAGUGGCCUUCCUCAACCGGAGGCUGGCACUAAGCCAGUGGGUGGGCAUCCUGGCCACCAUUGUGGGACUGGUGGUGGUUGGCCUCGCUGACCUCCUGAGCAAGCAUGACAGUCAACACAAGCUCAGCGAAGUCAUCACAGGUGAUUUGUUGAUCAUCAUGGCCCAGAUCAUCGUUGCCAUCCAGAUGGUGCUAGAGGAGAAGUUUGUCUACAAACACAAUGUCCACCCGCUCAGGGCAGUGGGCAUUGAGGGCUUCUUUGGCUUUGUGACCCUCUCGCUGCUCCUCGUGCCCAUGUACUACAUCCCAGCUGACUCCUUUAGUGGGAACCCUCGUGGGAUGCUGGAGGAUGCACUGGAUGCCUUCUGCCAGGUGGGCCGACAGCCCCUGAUUGCCCUGGCUCUGCUGGGCAACAUCAGCAGCAUUGCCUUCUUCAACUUUGCGGGGAUCAGUGUCACCAAGGAACUGAGUGCCACCACCCGCAUGGUGCUAGACAGCUUACGCACCGUGGUCAUCUGGGCCUUGAGCCUUGCACUGGGCUGGGAGACCUUCCACCCACUGCAGAUCCUUGGUUUCUUCAUCCUCCUCAUGGGCACUGCCCUCUACAAUGGACUGCACCAUCCACUGCUAGCCUGCCUGUCCAGGAGCUGGCAUCCCCCAACCCAAGAGGGUGAGCAAGAGAGACUGUUGGGUGACAGCCGGACUCCUAUCAAUGAUGCCAGCUAAGCCCAUGGUGGGGGUCUCUGCUGCUACCAGAUGACUGAGGCCAUGCAGACUGGUGGGCUAUGAGUGCCCUGUCCCCAAGGCCUCACCCCACCCCUCCCUAUUGACCCCUUUGGGCAACUGCUGCCAGAGAGGAUGGCAGAACACCAGGUCUUCUCUUAUUCCUGAAGCCUAUAAUGUUGGGACACAGCCUCCACAGACCUGGGUAUGGCAUCCACUCUCAGCCCUCCGAGUUCUUCCUGCAAAAAUGUGAACUUGAAUGGCAGGAAUUUAUAACCCUAAUAUUUCUGUGUAAUACACUAACUUGUUACAGUA